AUGUCUCAAGCAAAGAACAAACCCAGACUCCAGGACAAAGGAGAGAAAAAUACGUUCUUCGGAACCAGGCAGCCUCAAAUGAAACAGGCCGUCUCACAUGAAAGCGAUCAAGAUGGCAACGGAGACGACACACUCCCGCUACAGAAAGACCCGACAAGGAACUUACCGGUUACACUACGAGACAUAGCCGAAGGUAGGCUGGGAUUCCCAGAUGUACAUGCAUACUAUAAAGCAGCAAUACUCCAUACCGUAUCGCAAAAUCACACCCCACCCCUAACAACCUCAAUGGCUCAAAAUAGAAACCUACUGGGCCCAACCAAUAUCGAUCCAUACAUACCUAUGGACCCCAGAGUAAAAAAAGGCAUUCUAUACAGCACCUACUCCCCACAUCCCAACUACUGA